CAUGGUCGGGCUGUUGGAGGCCGGAAGGAAAAGUGUUUCGGUGUUUUCGUGUGAAAAGUGGAAUUUCCCUCCUAUCUGGUGUAAAACUCUACCUGGAUUACUCACAUAAUCGACCAGCAGGAUGGGUAAAAAGGGAAAAGUAGGAAAGGAUCGGAAGGAUAAGUUCUACAAACUAGCCAAAGAGUCCGGCUACCGAUCGCGUGCGGCGUUCAAGUUGAUCCAGCUGAACCGGCGCUUCGCCUUUCUGCAGCAAUCGCAAGUAUGCAUCGAUCUGUGCGCUGCCCCGGGUGGCUGGAUGCAGGUGGCCAAACAGAACAUGCCCGUGUCGAGUAUCGUGAUUGGUAUCGAUCUGCACCCGAUCAAAAACGUACCCGGAUGUAUCAGCUUGGUGGGCGACAUCACGAGCGACAAAACCAAGUCCGACCUGGCGAAGGAACUGAAAACAUGGAAAGCGGACGUCGUGCUCAACGAUGGUGCACCGAAUGUCGGUAAAAACUGGCUGCACGAUGCCUACCAGCAGGUCUGCCUUACGCUCAGUGCCGUCAAGCUGGCGACGCAGUUCCUCCGUCCCGGCGGUUGGUUCAUCACGAAGGUUUUCCGCUCGAAGGAUUACAACGCCCUGAUCUGGGUGUUGAAGCAGCUGUUCAAGAAGGUGCACGCCACGAAACCCUCGGCUUCGCGUAAGGAAUCAGCGGAAAUCUUCGUCGUCUGUCAGCACUACCGGGCACCGGAUAAGAUCGAUCCGAGGUUCCUCGAUUCGAAGUACGUGUUCGAAGAGCUUGACAUUGAACCCAAGGAUGGGGCGGGAAUGAACAUCCUGAAGGAGCUGGAACGGAAGGUGGCCAAGAAGCCGAAGGUGGAAGGAUACGAUGGUACGGAUGUGCGGAAGAUUAUCACGGCACGCGAGUUCCUGCAGCAGGAGAAACCACUUCCCGUGCUGAGCCGUGUGACGGAGAUUCGCUUCACCGAGGCUGAUGCGAGCAUAGCGGAACAUCCGCGAACGACGGCGGAGUUGAAGGAGUGCUGUAAGGAUAUUAAGAUUCUUGGUCGGAAGGAUAUGAAGGAACUGCUUCGGUGGCACAAGCUGCUGCAUCCCGAGUUCGCCGGUCCAAAGGAGGAGGAAGCAUCGGAGAAGGAUGCAAAGGGAAAGGCUGGUAAAAAGCAGAAGAAGGACAAAAAGGAAGAUGACGAUAGCGACGAGGAAGGAGAUAAUGAAGAGGAAGAAGAUGAGGAUAUGGUUGAACUGCGCCAGAUGGACAAAGAGCUGGCCAGCUUGAAGGAGGAACAAUCGCGGGAAUCGAAGCGUAUGCGCAAGAAAGCCAACAAGGAGCGAGCGAAACUGAACGAACGGCUUAGCCUGAAGAUGGUGAUCAAGGGAGACGAGGGACCGACCGAGCAGUCAUCGGACGUAACGUUCAAACUGAGCGAUGUGGCCUCGAAGCAGGAACUGGAACGCAUGCUGGAUCAACCGCCCGAUCUGCCCUCGGAUGGUGAUGUUUCCGAUGAAGAGAAGGUACGCCGGAAGGCCAAGUACGUGCGGUACAAUCGUGAAACGAAGGGUGAUCUGUACGAGGAUGAAGAGCUGAUGGGACAGGCAAGUGCUAGCGAAUCCGAACCGGAUUCGGAUUUCGACAAAAAGGGGCUAGCGUUCAAUUCGGACGAUGAGGCCGAACUGAGCUUCGAGGAAGAUGAAGAUCGUGUCGAUCCGUCCGAUGAUGAAGACCGUAAUCCCCUGAUAACCGAUCUGGACAAUCGUAGCAAAACGGACAAACAGUUGCAGCGGGCCAAGAUGUGGUACGAGCAGGAAGCGUUCCAGAAGCACAAUCUGGAUGAAAACGAUCAGGAGCUGGACUACGAUGUGGAUCAGCUGAUCGCUGCGUAUAAGAAAUCGGGCGUAAAGGUGCUUGGUGAUGAUAAGGAUGCCGUAGGGGAGAAGUUACCACUGGGCAAGAAGGCAAGACGCCGUGCCCGGCACGAUGUGUCCAAUGGACACGUUUCCAGCGACGACAGCUCAUCCGAUGACGAGGCAGGGGAGGAUGUGGGCGACGAUGAUGCGCUGGUCAAUGGAAAGCCACACCACAAAACGGUGGAAAAGGUGGCGGGUGCGGAUGGUGGAUUUGAGAUCGUUUCGGCCGAAGCAACCCAAAAACCGAAAAAAAUCAAACUAAACGAACAGGAGCUGGCACUGGGACAGAUGUUGGUGAGCGGAAAGAAGAUGCGUCGCGAUAUCAUCGAUUCGGCCUGGAACCGGUACAUGUUUAACGACACCCACCUGCCGUCCUGGUUCGUGGAGGACGAAAUGAAGACGAUGCGCCGGGACCUGCCGGUACCGGAUGAAGCGGUCGAUCGGUACCGCAAGACGAAGGACGAGUUUAACGUACGCACGAUCAAGAAGGUGAUGGAAGCGAAGGCACGCAAGAAGCGGCACGCCACGAAGCGGUUGGAAAAGAUCAAGAAGAAGGCCGAAACGAUUAUGGAGAACGUCGAUAACACGAAUCAGGAGAAGAUUCGUCUUUUGAAAAAAUUGUACAAAAAGGCCGAUGCGAAGAAGAAGGAAGUCACGUACGUGGUGGCGAAAAAGUCCGGCACCAGUGGUAAGAAGGUGCGCCGUCCGAAGGGUGUCGAGGGUCGCUUCAAGGUAGUGGAUCCGCGUAUGAAGAAGGACCGACGUUCGGAGAUGGCCAAGGAGAAGCGUACGAAAAAGUUUGGCGGUGGCAAGGGUAAAGCUAAAGGUGGCAAAGCUGCUGCCGGUGCACGUAAGGCGAAGGUAGGAAAAGGGAAGAAGUAAAUCGUUGCGCUGCGGUUAUAGAGCUACGCUACAGUCGUUGAUUAUAAGCAAAUGUGUUCUGCUCCAAACAGUCACAAAAUAAAGUGUAAUUCUAUGAAUAAAUCCACUGUUAAUUUCAAUCUUA